AUGCCGCAUACUCCAAUAAAUAUACUUGCAAAAUCAACUUUGGAUGCAUCUGCAGCUAUCACUCAACACACGUUGAAGAAGAUGAUCAAGAUGUUGUCCGGCUCUAAUGUCAUUGCUUGUGAGGAAUAUCAUGACACAUAUGAAGAUUUUGCAAGCAUAUGCAAACUAAAGCUACAACAGGAGAAAUUGAUGGUUACAAAGGCCCAAGACAAAAUCAGCAAAGGACGCUAUUUUUUCAAAAGACAAAAUAAGAUCAAGAAACUUGUAACUCAAAAAAAAAGAUUGAAUUUUCUGCUUGCCUUGGAUGAAAGCGGCUUCCUGGAAGAGUUACAAAUGAGCAAGAGCUCUUUUUAUAAGCUGUAUGAUCUUGUAAAAAACCACAAGCUUUACCAACAAUUGUCAGGAUUUGACUCAAUCAAUGUUAGACUACAGAUUUCUAUUGUUCUUGACCAAUUAGGAUCAAAUGGUAAUUCUUUGUCAAGUGGCCAUUUGGCAAGAUGUUCUGGAAUAGGAAAACAAAUAGAGAGCUCUAUUGAGAAUAUAACAACCAGAUUCUUUAAAGAUUUCCAAACCUUGUUGGAUUUCUUGGCAGAUGCUUAUUUAAGCUGGCAAAAGCACUAUUGUGAAAGCCAAAGCAGUUUUUCGGUCACAGAUCUGCUUACUGUUUUCUUUGGAAGUUUGCAUGAUAUGUGUACUUUGUCUGAGUGUGAACUUGGAAAAUUCCCAGAGCAAUUCUUUUCUGAUGACAAGUACAUGUUGGCAGACGCGAGGUACAAGGCUACGAACUAUAUUGUUCCAAUCAAAAAGAAGCUAAGAAACAGUGAACUCUCAUUAGCAGACCAAAAGUUCAACACCAAGAUCUUGAGCAUGCAUUUAGAAUCUUGA